AUGGGAGGCAAAGGAAGAAAAAGGAGAGAGAAGAACUACAAGGCUGCUCACGGUGGCGCCACCGCCCUCCCUCCACCGCCUAAAUCCUCUCAACUCGAUGCUCUCCCCUUCAAACUCCGCCAAAUAAUCUCUUUCUCUAAAAACCAAAACGAUUCUCCUGGCUUAUCAAAGAAAUUAGAUGGUGGAGAGGCUCAAAAGGUUGAUACUAAGGUGGAUACAAGCGCACCAUUGAAGGCACCUCAACAGAGUGACGAACAGGUUAAUGCUAAUGAUGAUAAGAAUAAGAAAAAAAGAAAGAGGAAGGAGGUUAAAGAUCUUAGGUUUGCAAUGGAUGGGGAUAAAACGAAGGCCCAGUUAAAGAAAAAGGAGCGCAAAAAGAAGUAUGAAGCGAAAAAGAAGAAGCACAAAAAGGUUGAAGACGAUGAAUUUUUGGACUUUCCUGGAAAAGAAAAAAUAAAAUUUGGAGAUAUUGUACAAGCCCCACCAAAGUUAUCAUUCAUUCCAAAAGGAGUCAAGGUUUCACAGGAUGCUUCUCAUGAGAGACUUAGACUUCGAGCUAUAGAGGAAUACAGGAGUCGGAAAGCAUGGACAUCAAGACCAGGAAAUCACCAACCACCUCCUGUGACUACAUCCGAGCCUUAA